AUGGGCCGACGUCCGCUAAAUAUUUGCAUGUGUAUAGAAUGCGUCGCUGCCAACGUUCUUUUGCACGUUCCCGAUAUUCCGGCAGAUAUUCAUCGCGAGCAAAUCGACAUUGUGCACGGACACCAGGCGUUCUCGGCAUUCUGCCAGGAGGCGAUUCUGCAUGCGCGAUCGAUGGGGCUGAAGACUCUGCUCAAGUUCACACUGUCGGACAUACACCAUGCAAUCUGCGUGUCGCACACAAGCAAGGAGAACACGGUGCUGCGUGCUGCGCUGGAUCCGCAACAGGUCAGCGUGAUCCCGAAUGCAAUCAUUGCCGAGCAGUUUGAGCCCGACCCCGAUGCACGCGACCCGCAGUGGAUUACGAUUGUUGUGCUGAGCCGGCUCGUGUACCGCAAGGGCAUUGAUCUGCUGAUGUACCCGCACGUUCGGUUCAUUAUUGGAGGCGAUGGCCCGAAAAGAAUAGAUCUGGAGCAGAUGCGCGAGCGGUACAUGUUGCAGGACCGCGUCGAGCUGCUGGGAUCGGUGCAGGCGGUCGAUGUGCGCAGCGUGCUGGCGUUUUGUAUUGCAAUCGUCGAGGCGGCAUCCUGCGGGCUGCUGGUGGUCAGCACCAGGGUGGGCGGCGUGCCCGAGGUGCUGCCGCGGCACAUGAUCACAUUUGCAAUCCCUGAGGAGGACGAAAUCGUCGAGGCCCUGAUGCACGCAAUCGACCGCGUCGACGACCGGCCAAACCACCCAGAGCUGUCUCCACGGCGGUUCCACGCCCAGGUCAAAAAAAUGUACUCGUGGUACGAUGUUGCUGAGCGCACCGAGAAGGUGUACUACCAGAUCGCCGAUAUGCCUGAGCUGCCGCUGAUUGAGCGGUUCCGCAGAUACUACGGGUGCGGGCUGGUUGCGGGCAAGCUGUUCUGUCUGUGGCUGUGGCCCAGAGAGAACAUUGAGGUUGCCCGGCCGUUCCCGCAGGAGACAUACCAUGCGCUGGUCAAGAAGAACCGCCACAUGGCCAAUGGCGAGCUGGGCGCUGCAUGA